UUUAUACACACGGGACUUGUUCUGGCCGCUUGUUCCGCAGUCUGAUCUGUGUCUCGCUCCUUCCAACAUCACGCAGGCGGUUGUUCUGGUAUCCAUUCAUUUUCUUAAUUGUUACGAUCUGCCAGAAUUGAGUGGUAGAACAAGGCAUUGACUGGGACCUAUAAAUACGAGAGAAGAAGAAUCGGCAUAGUCUAAAACUGAUGUGCGAGGGCUUUUGGACGGUUCCCAAGAUAUGCAGCAUUGUGCACAAGGUUAAUCCCGGGUGUCAAAGUCAAGCCAGUCGUGAACCGUGUCGAGAAUGGUCGGUUACCCCUGUAAGCAGGCCUGCGACGAUGAAGUCGCCGAUAAACUCGGCGAGCUGCUAGACCUGGUCACGAUCGGAUUAGAAAAGACUCAAGGGCCCGCAGUACUCGGCAUCGAGGAAGGAUUCGUAAAAAGCUUCGAUUUAAUAGAUAGGCUUUCUAAGGACGGUAUAGACGCGGAGUCUGAAAUAAAGGACGAACCCCAUCGAGAAAAUAUUGCAGAUGAAGUCGACCUUGAAGAUGCCGAGGUGGUCGCAGCGGUUGAAAACCUUCUCGGCAUAGUCUCUAAGAAAAUUGCCGAGGAAGAAGCCCAGAACAAUUCUGUAGCUGAUGAUCUUGAACAAAUUGGAGAAAAUAUCUUGUUACAGGAAACUGAUGCCGUUGUGAAAGGUAUCCUGAAACCGUCUCGGUGCCGGCAAGGCAGCCAGCACCACGUCGAUUUCGCGAUGGCGCCACAGUUCAUCAGGGCGUACGACGCCGAAAAGGAUUUCACAGCAGAGAUAAAAUUCGUCGAGCAGCACCCGAAGAAGGUCGUCUCCUACAGAGCACUGUACGCCGCCCAGAAGGAGACCCAGGACCAAAAGGAAGAGCAAGAUAGAUGACAUCCCUUCCUAAAUAUCCACAUUUUUAUGCCGAAAAAGAACUAAUUACAGUGAACUUUAGUUCGCGGUGCGCACUUUAAAACUUUAGCCAACGGCAAGGCUAGAGAGCACAAGCAAAAAACAAAAAUCCUAAGGCAUCAAAACCGCUUAGACCGUUAUGUUAAAAAAAUACGAAAAAAUUUUAGGUAUUAACGUUUAUAGUCAUAUUUAUUACUUUUUUAAUGUGCUUU